AUGGGAGCCCAGAGACUGGACCCCCGUACACUGUAUGAGUCUAAUCGUGACAGUGAGAACCUUGAAGACGACCCCAUCCUGGAAGGCCUGUGCAUCGGCAACCCCUUCCUCACCACCAACCUUCCCUACACCGACCUUGCUCACCAACAACCCUUCUCCACCAACAACCCUUCCCCACCACCAACCUUUACCACCACCAACCCUUCCCCACCACCAACCCUCCCCACCACCAACCUCCGCCACCAACCCUCCCCCACCAACAACCCUUCUCCACCAACAACCCUUCCCCACCACCAACCUUCACAACCACCAACCCUCCCCACCACCAACCCUUCUCCACCAACAACCCUUCCCCACCACCAACCUUCACCACCACCAACCCUUCCCACCACCAACCCUUCCCCACCAACAACCCUUCUCCACCAACAACCCUUCCCCACCACCAACCUUCACCGCCACCAACCCUUCCCACCACCAACCCUUCCCAACCAACAACCCUUCUCCACCAACAACCCUUCCCCACCACCAACCUUCACCCCACCAACCCUUCCCCAACACCAACCCUUCCCCAAAACCAACCUUCUCUACCACCAACUCUUCCCCACCAACAACCCUUUCCCCACCACUAACCCUCCCCGUCACCAACCUUCCGCAACCAACCCUCCCCACCACCAAACCUCCACCACCAACCCUUCCCCACACAAACCCGUUCCCACCACCAACCCUCCCCAUCACCAGCCUUUCAUAACCAACCCUUCCCCAUCACCAACCCCUCCCCACCACCAACCCUUCCCCACCAUCAACCUUUCCCCACCACCAACCGUUCCCCACCACCCACCCUUCCCCACCACCAACCUUCCCUACCACCAACUCUUCCCCACCACCAACCCUUUCCCCACCACUAACCCUCCCCGUCACCAACUUUCCGCAACCAACCCUCCCACCACCAAACCUCCACCACCAACCCUUCCCCACACAAACCCGUUCCAACCACCAACCCUCCCCAUCACCAGCCUUUCACCACCAACCCUUCCCCAUCACCAACCCCUCCCCACCACUAACCCUUCCCCACCAUCAACCUUUCCCCACCACCAACCGUUCCCCACCACCCACCCUUCCCAAACAACCAACCCUUCCCCACCACCGACAACCCUUCCCCACCACCAACCCUUUCCCACCACCGACAACCCUUCCCCACCACCAACCCUUCCCCACCACCAAUCUUCCGCCACCAAACUUCUCCACCACAAACCCUUCACUAGAACCAACUUUCCCCACAACCAACCCUUCCCCACCACCAACCCACCUCACCACCAACCCUUCCCCACCACCAACCCUUCCCCAUCACCAACCUUCCACCACCAACCCUUUCCCACCAACAAUACUUCCCCACCACCAACCUUCCCCACCACCAACCCUUUCCCACCAACAAUACUUCCCCACCAUCAACCCUUCCCCACCACCAACCUUAACCACCACCAACCCUCCCCCACCACCAACCUUCCCCACCACCAACCCUUCCCCGCAACCAAACCUUCCCCAAAACCAACCCUUUCCAACACCAACCUUUCCCACAACCAACCUUUCCCAACGACCACUACUCGACACAAGAAUCUCAAGAAUAUUUAA